AUGUCAGAGUGCAAGAGAGAGAACAUUACCAGAGACAACGAUCACGAUCGCACGAAGAAAAACGAAUAUGACGACGAGGUGAAGAUAAUAGGAAGCGAGAAGCGUUGCAAGCUGUGCAAAGAAAUUAAAGUCAAGACUGAAGUGCUCGACGAGAUCGAGAACUUCUCGGCGAACGACGAACUGGACAUCGAAGUUCCUCGAGAAAUUGAAUCUAGCGAGAGAGUAAAAAAAUCUCGGGAUCUCGGUAACUCGUGCGAGAAAGACAGAGACGCGAGAGGGAGAAACUUGCCCUCGGUUAAGAAAGAAAUUACGCCGGACGAGUACGUCGAUUUCGAAGAGUACGUAAAGGCAUUGACGACAGGAAGAAAGUACAUAUGCAGCGUCUGUAGGAUAGAGUUCCCCGACGAGGCAGAGUUCAAUACGCACAUGAUAAGCCACAGUCAUGGGAAACUGUUCCAGUGUGGACUUUGCGCGAAGCAGUUCUCAUGGUCGUCAGCCCUGAAGCAUCACCUGAAGUUACACGAAACGUUGGAAACCCUCGUGUGCCGGCACUGCAACCUUCGAUUUCAGCAGAGGGACCAGCUGAAGAGGCACCAGAACGAGGUGCACUCGAGCCGCAGGUCGUUCGAAUGCGGCGUGUGCAAGAAGAAGCUGCUCCAUCGGCAGUCGUUGCGCGAUCACAAGCUGAUGCACACCAACGUGAAGCCGUUCGAGUGCUCCAUCUGCAAGAAGAGGUUCCUACGGCCGAGUAGCCUGAGGGCGCACAUGAUCGUUCACACCGCGGACUCGCCGUUCCAGUGUGACCUCUGUCCCGCCAAGUUUAAGAGGUCCUCCGUGUUGAAGACGCACAAACUGACGCACACCGGUGUCAGAAGGUUCGAGUGCGACAUCUGCAAGCACCGGUUCCAUCUCAAGGGCGCCUUGAAGCAUCACAUUUUGUCGCACUACGGAGUGAGGCCGUACAAGUGCGAGGACUGCGGCAAAUGUUACAGAAGAUCGUGGGGCCUGAAGGUACACAGAUAUCGUCACACGGGGGUGAAACGAUUCGAGUGUGACUUCUGUAAAUCACGAUUCAGCGUGAAAACGAAAUUGGCCAAGCACAUUUACGGCCACAUCGGCGAGAAACCGUACAAAUGCGACUUCUGCGGUCGCCAGUAUGGAGAACGAUACCAACUGAAGGCACACAAAUGCGGAAAUCCGCCAAGGAUGAAGACUGGCCCAUCGUAUUCAGACACGGUCACUCAGAUCGUGUUCUUUCGUCCUAAAUCGACGAACAGUUCCGUUGAUUUGAAUUCAAAGAUUCGACGAUUGUAAUUAUCCAUCGA